AUGGGUCCAGCACCUAAGAGUCGUCUCCAGAACCGUUUACUCUUUCACCUGGCACAUAAGUUCAGUGAUGAGAAGAAACUGAUGAGCUCUCACCAGAAUCUGCAAGACAUUACAGAAGAUCAGCUUAGCUUGGCAUCUAUCCACUACAUGCGGUCUCACUACCAAGAAGCUAUUGAUAUCUACAGACGCAUUCUUCUUGAAAAUCGGGAAUACCUGGCUCUGAAUGUAUAUGUGGCCCUAUGCUAUUACAAACUGGAUUACUAUGACGUAUCACAGGAAGUGCUAGCUGUUUAUCUUCAGCAAGUUCCUGACAGCACCAUUGCCCUUAACCUUAAGGCUUGUAACCAUUUCCGACUUUACAAUGGGAAGUCUGCUGAGGCAGAGCUCAAGAGCUUGAUGGACAGUGCCUCAUCGUCUUUUGAGUUUGGCAAGGAGCUCAUUAAGCACAAUCUGGUGGUUUUCCGAGGAGGAGAAGGGGCUUUGCAGGUCCUGCCUCCUUUGGUUGAUGUUAUUCCUGAGGCAAGACUGAAUCUUGUGAUUUACUAUCUCCGGCAAGAUGAUGUGCAAGAGGCUUAUAACCUGAUUAAGGACUUGGAACCUACAGCUCCACAGGAGUACAUUCUCAAAGGAGUGGUAAAUGCAGCAUUUGGACAAGAAAUGGGCUCGAAAGAUCAUCUGAAAAUUGCUCAGCAGUUCUUCCAGUUGGUGGGUGAAUCAGCCAGUGAAUGUGAUACCAUUCCAGGGAGACAGUGCAUGUCCUCCUGCUUCUUUCUUCUUAAACAGUUUGGUAAUGUCCUGGUUUACCUCAACUCAGUCAAG